GGAAAUGAGCCGAUACUAGUGGUCGCCGAUCCGGCGCUCGUGAAUACAAUUUUGGUGAAAGCGUUUCAAUCAUUUGCUAAUCGGCAUCCCGUGUGCGCACAACCCGUCGGUUUGGUACACAUGUCGGGCGACCACUGGAAGCGCGUCCGGCGAGCGGUGGCGCCGGCCUUCUCGUCGCGCAGAAUGCGGUCAAUGCAGGCCGUGAUGAGCGACGGCGUCGCCAACCUGUGCCGGCAUGUGGGCAGUCGACUCACCUCCGACUCGACACGCAUAGAGGUGAGUGCGCUCGACCUGAUGUCACACUACGUGAUGAACUGCUUUUUCCAAUGCUUUUAUGGCAUCGAUAUGGACGGCGACAGUCGCGCCGACGGUCGGGUCAGCGCUUUUACGGCCAAAUCGUUUCGCCAGUUUCGUCACCACCCGUGGCGAGAGGCGGUCUCAAUGGCGCUCAACGCAACGUUGCUCCGGGCGUUGGCCGCGAUGGGCCCGCCGGCCGACACUAAUGCCGGCGCUACUAAACAAUUGACAGAAUUAGUGGUCGAUAGGGUCAGCCAUAUGCGAGCCGAUCGGUGUCUAAAAGACGGUGUUUUAAUUGAACUCCUGUUGGCGGCCGAGCGUAACGCCGACCCAAUGAAACGGCUGUCGCCGAGCGAAGCCACAGCCACUGCGGUUAGCUUUCAAGGGGCCGGUUAUGUGCCCACAGUGUUUAUGGUGGCCUACAGUCUGUGCGCGUUGGCCCGCAAUCCCGGCGUUCAACAGAGACUGUACGACGAGAUUGUGGCCAACUGUCCGGCGGGAGAUGACAACGACGACUACGACCCCGAUUACGAGAUAUUGGGAACCCGUUUGCCGUAUUUGCACGACUUUGUGCUGGAAGUGCUUCGCGAGAGGGCCUCUAUGCCGCUGUCCCGAGUGGCCACUCAGGACUACCCUAUGGCCGGCACCGGCAUUACCAUCAAACGGGGCCAACGCAUUGAGAUACCCGUCUAUGCCAUUACCCGCGACGAACGCUACUUCCCUAAACCCGAACAUUUUGACCCUGAUCGUUUGAGCAAAGGCCAGGGUAAGGAGUUUGGUAACUUGUUUUUUGGUGCCGGUCCGCGCGCUUGUGUCGCCUCCCGGUUUGCCCUAAUGCUAAUUAAGACAGCGCUCGUACGGCUGGUCCGUCAGUACCGAUUUGUCGCCCCCACGCAUACCAACUGCCCGGACACUAACCAAGAGGUCAAUAAUAUCGGUGGAUAUAACCUUAUGGUCGGUAUCGAGAAACAGCAAAUGACCAAAAUGUGUCUAGGGCAGUACACAAAGAGCGGCAUUUAUAAACUCAUGAUGCAAGGAAACAAUGUCUCUUUUUACAUACAUAAGACUUUAGAUAAACGCACCGAUAGUCUCGCUAUAAACGCACAACUCACUGUGCGGGUGGACACAUGUGAGUUUGGCGGGUGUUUGAGCACUGUGCCAACAAACAAGAUGGUGUCCAAGAUGUGGCUAACCAUAAUACUGGUGCUGAGCAUCGCUUGUGUGGAAAUAGAUGGGGAAAAGGAGCAUGAUUACAAAUAUAAAGGCUUCAUAUUCGUCGUGAAAAAACGUGAUAAAAUGGAAGAACAUUUUGAUAAAUUAUGCCACGACCAAUGCUACCACAAAAAGAAAAAAAACAAUAGAAACAGGUGUCGUGAAAGCCGGUUUCAACCCAUAUAUGUGGCCGGAUCAUUCGCUGAGGGGCACCAAUACGUAACAUACGCUUGUACUGUAUGGGCCGGUAGUGAAGCGGUAGUGUUUCAUAAUGUGAGCCAACCCGAGCUUAAUCUCCAACAACGAGAACCGCAUACCAAUGCAAUUGCGAGGGCCGGCGCCGAACGGCAGAUACGUAUAGGGUUUAACCUUACGCUUAUUUUCGCCGAGAAAACGAUCCGGGUCAAACUUAAAUGGCUCCGGGUAAAACUCGGCGCAAUGAUGCAGGGCGUAAAUGGGAAUAUCAAUAUUUUGGCCAGCUGGUAUCACCACACCAGUAUUACCUAG